CGUCCUUUCCAAUUCCGUUUUACUACCAAGUUACCCCACCUUGAUCCCAUACUCACCUUCACAAUGGGUCUAACUGGGAUAAGAAAUGUGUGUAAAGUCUCACUAGGCAUUCCCGCGGAGAAGCAGCCUCAGCUCCACAACAGAUGGCAUCCAGAUAUCCCCUUUGCAGGAUCAAUUAAGAAUGGGGAGACUGUGAAGAUUGAGUGCGUUGAUUGGACUGGCGGACAAAUCGGAAACAAUGACAGCGCAGAUGACAUGAAGAAUGUUGACCUCACUCGGAUCCAUUACCUCUCCGGACCAUUUGAGAUUGAGACUGCGGAGCCUGGAGAUGUCUUACUCGUUGAGAUCAUGGACGUUCAACCUUUCGAAGAUUCUCCAUGGGGGUUUACUGGGGUUUUCGACAAAAGCAAUGGUGGUGGGUUUUUGGAUGAGAUCUACCCUACUGCUGCCAAAGCCAUCUGGGACUUCGAAGGCAUAUAUUGUACCUCUCGCCAUAUCCCCCACGUUAAAUUCGCAGGCCUGAUCCAUCCCGGAAUCUUGGGCUGCGCUCCAUCUGCCGAGGUUCUAGCAACAUGGAACAAGCGUGAAGGAGAGCUCAUCGCUGCGAACAAGCUUGAUCGAAUUGUGGCGCAACCACCCAACGAGAUUAACGUUCAUGCCGGCUCUGCAUCGGAGGAGGUCAAAGCAAAAGUUGGCAAGGAGGGAGCUAGAACCAUCCCAGGACGGCCCGAGCAUGGUGGAAACUGUGACAUCAAGAAUCUGAGCCGUGGCAGUAAAGUCUACCUCCCCAUCCAUGUCAAAGGCGCCAAGUUCAGUGUCGGGGAUCUUCACUUUUCCCAGGGAGACGGCGAGAUCUCAUUCUGCGGUGCCAUUGAAAUGGCUGGUGUGAUUACCAUUAACUUCAAGGUCAUGAAGAACGGAAUGGCUGAUUUGGGGAUGAAAUCUCCACUCUAUCUUCCGGGACCGGUUGAGCCUCAUUAUGGACCUGGUCGCUACUUGACUUUUGAAGGGUUCUCUGUUGAUGAGCAUGGGAAGCAGCACUAUAUGGACGUCACGGUAGCCUACCGUCAAACCACACUCCGUUGCAUUGAGUACCUCCGCCGUUUUGGCUACUCAGAUUACCAAGUCUAUCUACUACUCUCAUGUGCUCCUGUUCAAGGUCAUGUCGCAGGAAUCGUUGACAUCCCCAACGCCUGCACAACUCUUGGCCUCCCAAUGGACAUCUUCGACUUCGAUAUUUCUCCCACGGGCGCAGCGAAGAGGCUCGACAUGGGCAGUUGCGCUUUCGAGACCGGUGUCAAGGAGGGUAAAGUAUCGCAGGGGGGCAAGAAUAGCGAGAUUAGUUGGGGUGGAGGGCUGACAUUUAAGGAGAAGGAUAUCAACGUUGUGGAGAGUUUGAAGGAGAAGUUUUAUGGUUCUAGUUCUUGAGCAAUGAGUCAGACGAUUAAUAUGCCAGAUUGCCAAGGUACAAUGUAGCCUUUGAAAAUCAUGCCAAUUCAUUUCAAUUCAUAAACACACGUCA